UACGAAACUGGCCUUUUGUGGAGAAGGGAUGGAAUAGAACUGCCAGACAGUAAAUCCAUGGCCGAAAAGCGUUUAGUUUGUUUAGAGAGGCGGAUGAGUCGCGAUGAUCUACUAGCUAAAACAUUGGAAGAGAAAAUAAGAGAAUAUGAAUCAAAAGGUUUUAUACGAAAGUUGAGCCCUAAGGAAGUUGCUGAGAAGCACCCACGGAAGUGGUAUUUACCGAUUUUUCCGGUUAUGAAUCCUAACAAGCCCGGUAAGGUUCGGAUAGUAUGGGAUGCCGCUGCCAGAGUAGGCGGACUUUCAUUAAAUUCUGUCCUGCUAACUGGACCAGACCAGCUUGCAUCUUUGCCAUCUGUAUUAUACAGGUUCCGAGAGUAUCGCUUCGCUAUAGCAGCCGACAUACGAGAGAUGUUCCAUCAAGUAGAGAUCAAUGAAGACGAUCAACAAAGCCAGCGGUUUCUGUGGAGAGAUGGGGAUUCAAGGAGGUCUCCUGAUGUGUACAUAAUGAAGGUGAUGACCUUCGGAGCCACAUGCUCGCCUAGUUGCGCUCAAUUUGUGAAAAACACCAAUGCUGCACGUUUCCAGCAACAGUUUCCACGAGCCGUAGCUUGUAUACAGAAAGAUCACUACGUUGAUGAUCUUCUGACUAGUGAAGAGAACGAAGACGAAGCUAUACAACUGGCCUCAGACGUACGGUUUAUCCACGCACAAGGAGGUUUUGAGCUCCAUAAUUGGCUAUCUAAUUCAAAUAGGCUGCUAGAAACGGUCAGCGAGGCAGGCGCUGUCGAGAAAGAUUUAAAUCUCAGCUCCGAAAUGGCAACGGAAAAAGUCUUGGGCAUGUGGUGGAGUAUUUCGUCGGAUACGUUUACGUUCAAACUUUCACCAAAACAUGAUAGAGAACUACUUAGCGGACAGAAGAUUCCGACAAAGCGCGAACUCUUAAAAACACUCAUGAGGAUUUACGAUCCCUUGGGAUUGAUGACUGGUUUCUUAAUGUUCCUUAAAAUUCUUCUUCAAGAGGUGUGGCGUGCAAAAACAGAUUGGGACGCAGAAAUACCGCCAGGGCUGGCAGACAAAUGGAUGGAGUGGUUAAAAGUUUUGCCGCAAGCUGAGAGGCUAAGCAUUCCCCGUUGCUAUCGACAAACUACGACAGCAGCAGAGGAUAACGUUGCUCAAUUGCAUAUUUUCGUCGAUGCAGGACGGGACGGACUGGUCGCCGUGGCAUAUCUGAGAUUCGAGCAGGCGGGUACAAUAGAAUGUGCCCUAGUAGGAGCGAAAGCUAGAGUUGCCCCCUUGAAAUAUGUGUCGGUUCCGCGUCUUGAGCUGCAAGCCGCUGUGAUCGGAACACGCAUGGCUGCUAGCAUUGCCGCAGUGCACCGCGUGAAGAUAUCUGAGAGAUACUUCUGGACGGAUUCUCGGGACGUUAUUUGCUGGAUCAUAUCCGACCACCGACGAUAUUCUACAUAUGUUGCACACAGGGUUGGUGAAAUAUUAGAAGCCACUGAGCCAGCCGAGUGGAAUUGGAUUUCAACACGCUUAAAUCCAGCGGAUGAAGGCACAAAAUGGCAGAAAAUACCCGACCUUACCGCAUCCGGUCGUUGGUUCACCGGGCCUGAUUUUCUCAAAGAACCAAAAAAUCAAUGGCCGGUGAAUAAGGAGAAUGUUGGAACAACCGAUGAAGAGAUUUUAUCAAAUGUGCUUCACCAUUAUGAGUACAUACCCAUAAUACGUUUCGAGCGAUUUUCUAGAUGGAAGCGCCUUCACAGAGCUGUGGCAUAUGUAUUACGGUAUCUGUCCUAUCGACGCAGAAAGGUUCGUUCCCCACCAAGUGCUAUACCGUUCACCCAGGAAGAAUUACAGCAGUCAGAAUGGUGUAUAUACCGUCAGGUGCAAAAGGAAGCUUUCCCCGAAGAAUAUAACCUUUUAAUCAACCACAACGCACCAGAAACUAAAAGUAUAUUGGCAAAAUCCAGUAAGCUCUACAAAUUAAGUCCGUUCGUUGACCAUGCUGGAGUCUUAAGGAUGAACAGCCGCAUUAAAUCGUGCCAGUUUAUUGCAGAUUCGGUCAAAUAUCCUAUCUUACUACCCAAACGGCACUAUUUGACAGACCUAAUAAUAGCUGAUUACCACUGUGAAUAUAAACACCUAAAUCAUGAGACAGUGAUAAAUGAAAUUCGUCUCAAAUUUCAUAUUCCGCAGCUUCGCGCAGCAUGCAAACGUGUCAGGUACAAUUGCCAAAUGUGCAAGAUACAAAGAGCUAAACCAACACCUCCUAUGAUGGCGGAGCUUCCGGUGGCGCGAAUGGCUGCAUUCACUCGUCCGUUUUCGUAUACUGGUGUAGACUAUUUUGGACCAAUGUCAGUAGUAGUCGGAAGAAGAACAGAGAAACGUUGGGGUGUUCUAAUGACCUGUUUAACAGUUAGAGCUAUUCACAUCGAAAUCGCACAUUCUCUUUCCACCGACUCGUGUAUCCUAGCCCUAAGAAAUUUUGUGGCCAGGAGAGGGGCACCAAUUGAAAUCUUCAGUGAUCGCGGUACAAAUUUUAUUGGGGCAGGACGUAUUCUACGAGACGAGCUGCAAAAAGUGGACCAAAAUAAAAUGAUGGAGCACUUUGUAAGUCCGAAUACCAAAUGGACGUAUAACCCCCCCGCUGCUCCACACUUUGGGGGAAGCUGGGAGCGAUUAAUCCAAUCGGUUAAAAAGAUCCUGGACCAAAUAAAGCCAAGGCAACUUCCGACUGAUGAGCUACUAAGAAACAUGCUGUCUGAAGUCGAAAUGAUAAUUAAUUCAAGACCGCUUACGGACGUACCGAUAGACGCAGAUUCUUUGUUUCCCCUAACACCGAAUCACUUCAUCCUAGGGUCUUCCAAUGGUGCCAAACCCCCGAUCGCAUUUAAUAACAAUACAGUUUUGUUAAACAACUCGUGGAAGGCGUCGCAAGCCUACGCAGAUGAAAUCUGGAGACGUUUUAUCACGGAGUAUUUGCCAACACUCACGCGAAGAUCAAAGUGGUUUCAACAGACGCGACCAAUACAGGUAGGCGAUGUUGCCGUCAUCGUAGACAACCGCCUUCCAAGGAAUUGUUGGCCGAAGGGACGAGUUAUAGAGAUCGUCCGUUCUAAGGAUCGACAAGUACGGCGAGUAACAUUGCAAACAUCCCAAGGAAGAUUGGAGAGACCUGCAGUGAACAUCGCAAUCCUGGACGUCGGUUCCAGUUCGAGUAAGUCGGACCAAGGCCACGACGUACUGGGGGGGAAUGUCACCCUGUCUGUGACGAACCAACAUUCAGCGAGUUCCCCUGGUGCUACCAAUUCACAAUAGGCCUAUUGAAGCGACGCUUUAUCCAUCAUCCGCACGAGCGAUACCGAUCGGAAACGAUCUACGAUCAACGAUAAAACAGCCAUGUUGAAUGUAGAUCGCCACUUCAGGAGUAGCAGCAGACUGAACCAGCGGCUUAGCGAAAGUGGUGAUUAUUAUACUUAUAGUUCUACUAAAGUUAAAUUUAUAAUUAUUAUAAAAUACCUAAAAUUUAAUAAUAAGCCCAGUGAUUAUUUUCGAACACAAUUAUCAAUAUUUAAAACGCAUCACCAAGUGCAGAUUAAAAACGGAGGUUCAAUAUUAUAAAUGAGCACUAAACGUAAGUGGAAUCUGCAUGAAAAUAGCAUGAGAGAUUGCAUGAGAAUCUACAAUUUAAGUUCAACAUUACCUACACCUAAGAUGAAUCGCUUAUACGCCCCCACGUGCUUUGAUCGCUCCAACUUACUUCCCAUGCUGAGAGCAUGUAGAAUCUAUAUCACUAUAAAAACCCAUAAUUUGAAAAUAAGGAAAUUACAAAAAAUGUUAAACCUAGUUCUUAAGAUUAUUAUACUA